AUCUGCUGCUUCAAAUCCCGAACCACAGCACUUACCUCCAAUAAAAUAAACCUUCAUCACACAAUAAACACCUCAUCCCCUUGCCUUCUACAUCCAAGACCUCAUGAUGACCGAUUCCAACCCAUUCCCCGCAACCGGAUCUGCGACAAACGCCCACGCAGACGACUCGACAGCAGCAGCAGCAGCAGCAGAACCCACGCUCCAACCACCACAGGAACAACAGCAACAUCACGAAAACCCCCAAUCACCCACUCCGCUCCCAACCACCACCACCGCGACAGCAAUGGCCCCGGACUCCACCUCCGCCAACACCCCGACCGCAGACUCCGCCGCCGCGACGCCCACCACCGCAGCAGCUCCAGCUCCAGCCAACAGCUCCCCAGUUCGACCGGGUGGCGCACCCGCACGCGUCUACAUGAACGAAAAGAUCGUGCCGUAUCUACUAGAGGGGAUGAAGAGCAUUGUAAAGGAACAACCCUCGAAUCCCCUCCGCGUGCUUGGCGAAUACUUGAUUCAGAAAAGCAAUGAGCUCGAGCAGGGAAGUGCGUCUGCUGCUGCGACGAAAACGCCGGAGUAAUGAUCAGUUAAAGGAAAAAAGGUCGUCGUAGAGCGACAAGACACCUUCGAGGAGGGAUACAUAGUGGGUGAUAUGGACACUGCGCACGCAUACGUGUGAUGUGCUUCACUUUUUUUUUUUGUUUUUUUUUGGGGGGUUU